UUCCUCUUCCUCUCCCUCUCCCUCUUCACGAACCACCAUCCACCAACCACCAUCCACCAGUCAACAAAGGAUUCAUUGAAAUUUCACAUACAACUUAUCAUUACAUAUCCUAUCCACCUACUAGGUAGUACUUUCAGACCAACAAAUUCUUCUAUUAAUUACUCGCAAGAAGAAAAGGGAGGAGAGACCCCAAAUUAUACAUUUAUAAUUAUAUAAAGUGGGAAUUGUUUUCAUUGUGACCUUGAUCCUUCACAUAAUUACAUGCACACAUACAUAUACACAUACAUACAUACAUACAUACAUACCUACCUACCUACUACCUACCUACAUAUCUGACAUCGUUCAUUUUCCGGGGAUCCAAUUAAUCGACAUCUGGUUUUGGCCCUUUCGUUCAAGGGUCCCUUUCCCUUAUCCGCUCGGCCUGGUAUCAGCAAGCCUUCACCCUACAUAUAUCUAUCCACAUUAUCCACUACUAUACACACUAUUCACACUAUCUAUUCACACCACCUUCCACUACACUACCAUUACGACAUUACUACUUAAUUAAAAUCCCUUGAACAACCAACAACUCCAGCUACAGGAUUCUUCAGUCGCCCGCAUGCAUGGUGCAGAACGAAUCGCUUCGUUAAUGCAGCUGAACGGCUUCUGCGCCGCAGUCAUCAAAUCUUGGAGCUUGCAUUCUAACCUCCUCCAACAUCUUUUUUUUUGGUUUUGCGACGAUAGCGCAAACGCGCGCCGAACGUGAAAAGUGUUAGGAGUUGGGGCCAGGUUUAAUAUCAUAUAUCUCAUCGCCCAAUACUGUCCUGGAAAAGUAUUUUGGAAUUUUUCUAUUCCUUUGUACUUUUCUUUUUUCUCGACCCGUUCGUUGCGUUGCGUUGCGUUCCGUUCCGUUGCGCAUUUCGUCAUGUACUCGGCCGUGACAAAUGGUCUUGGAGGGGGUGGUAGUGAAGCUCCAUUUCAACCCACAACUAUUAAUCCUCAAGCUCUGAAUCAAGGAGCUCUCAACCCCGCCCAAGCAAUUUCACCAAAUGAAAUUCCUCGAGGAAUUAAAAGAAGUCGCUCUCCGGAUACAUAUAAUGAAAUACCACAGGUCGAUAAUCACAUAGAUGACGGUGACUCAAAGCCCCGAAAGAGAGGAAGACCGAUGAAGUUGAAGUCGGCCGUCAAUACCUCAGAAAAUUCCAAACAAAGCCAAAUGCCACAUUCAACUUCAACCUCAAGCCAAAGUGGCCAGCCGCAGACUCCUCAGUCGCAGCAUACGGUCUUACCUCAUAAUCGUACACCAGGCUCAAACUUGGCUCAAACGCCCGUUCUUAAACAAACUCCCAAGGCAGUUAUCAAAGCUUUACCAACUGUGAGGGAUCAUACCACCGACCAGUUAGGUGCAGAGGGAGAUGAGUAUAUUCCACGAGAGUAUGAUGAGCAGGGUGAGAAAAAGGUCUCAGCUAUGGGCCAUUUAACAGAUGGACGCGAAUACAGGUGUCGAACAUUCUAUGUACCAAAUCGAGGAGAUAAGCUGUUUAUGUUAGCAACAGAGUGUGCCAGAGUACUAGGAUAUCGGGACUCGUACCUACUGUUCAACAAGAAUAGAUCUCUCUACAAGAUCAUCGCCACCCAAGCAGAGAAGGAAGAUUUAAUCCAUCAAGAAAUCUUGCCUUUCUCUUACCGCUCUCGCCAAAUAGCGAUCGUUACUGCAAAAUCCAUGUUCCGGCAAUUUGGUAGCAGAGUUAUCGUUAAUGGGCGUCGGGUCAGAGAUGAUUAUUGGGAAACGAAAGCACGCAAGCAAGGGUUCACUGAAGAUGAUCUUGCUGGGGAAAAGAGACCGGGCGCAGCAAAGGCCCGAGAUGCCGCCGCUGCCGCCGAAGCUUCCGCUGCUCUUGCUGCAAGUCACCAUCAUGGCGAUAUUUACAGCAAUGGUCCGGGACAUUAUGGGUACCCGCAAGCACCGAUUCCAUCUGCUAUGAUGGGUAUUCCUAGUGCCACUAACCCACUGCCAAUGAUAACCACUCUUGCGCCGGAACAAACUGAUAUGCGUUUGAGAGACUACAGCAGCAUCCAACGUCCAAGACAGGAACUAGCCGGGACCGCGUACCAAGAUAGGACUCAGCCUAGUUCACAUGCCGAUUUAUCAAAUCAUGUCAACCAAGCAGCUGAAUAUAGUAAGCAGAUCAAUCAACAACGGAGUCGCAGUCACGACUAUCUGGAACGAAGAUGGAGACAGCCUCAUGAGGUCUCUGGAGGAAACAUUGUGCAAACUACGGGUAAUCACGACGGUCUUCCAUCUGCACAGACUCUGCGUUCGCCACGAGCAUCACAAAGUAUUGCGCAGCAACCAAUCUUGGCACAUCAGAACCCACAGAAUCUAUCAUACUCGCAGGCUUCUCAUCAACCUGGUAUUGUUUCACAACCUCCGAUCAGAAGUGCACCAUCAAGACAGGAGCAGGCAGCCGGACGAUCUCCCAGCAUACCAAUUGCGUCUGCGAGCAAUAUGAAUCAAGGGACGAAUGCUUAUCAAUUCACGUCUCAGAAUCAGAUGUGGCCAUCAAGUCAACCACAGCAGCAGUCCCCACAGCAACAUGCGUUCAACCCAAGCUACCCAUCCCAUCCUAGUCAGCAAUCACCACAUAUACAACAAUCUCCUCAUCAACCUCCUCCUCCACCACUUCGACAAUCAGGAAGCAAUUCUCAAAUGCAACCCGCAUUACAAUAUUCUGGUAUGCAAGGAAUGGGGCAAAAUUAUGCAGCACCAAAUCGAAAUAUUUAUCAACCCGAGUCAAACAGUCAUCAAUUUAUGCAACCUACAACCUCCGGUCCUCAGCCUAGCUCUCAAGGCUGGGCUCCACAGCAACCUACUGGAACUAGUGCUGGCUGGGGUUGGACAGGUCAACCGCAAUAGAUAGAGAUACAAGGACGAAUAUUGCAGCCAACAUGGAUGAUGGCAUCACAACGUAGGACGCAUGCCAGAGAACGGGAAUGAAACGAAGGAUGAUACACUUCGCGAAAUCAAUAUGAUCGCGUAUGCUACUUCCCGACUUCGAUCUGUCCAUCCUCCAACGUAUCUUACAUUGAAUAUUCCCCAGCAAUGGUGGAAUGGGGUUUCAUCACAACACAGCAAUUUUCUGUUCCGGUUCUCCGAUGCUAAAACGUUAUCAUAUUACAAGCAUCCAAAUGGACUGCCUUUCUGUAUAGCUAUGGCAUGUUUCCUCUUUUAAGGUUCUUGUUUUUCAUUGCUUAUUGAUUCAAUCACUUUUACAUUUAUACCUGAUCUUUUCUUUUCUUUUGCUUCUCUUUCUCGAUGUACUUUUCCUCUUCUGUUUUUAACAUCACACCACUUAAUUUCUUCCCGGGUGCCUUUUCUUUGAAGAUGAAAGGUACCCUGGCAACUUCGUUCUCAUUGUUGCGUUAACUACCUUUGUCUGUUCCUUGUUCUCUUUUACCUCACAACUUUCAAUGUGUGAGGAUUCUUUGGUGGCAACGAAAUGCAUAUGAGCUAAGGAUUAGCUUCGUUGAUUUUUUUCUCUCUCAGCAAGGGCAUGCAUCGAUGGAUUUGUUUUUUACUUCUUGCCGAUUUCAAGUGCAUGGGGUAUUAUGGCUGGUUAGGAUAUACACUUUUGCAUUGCGUGCAAGGCUUUGGCAUAUGAUGGAUAGGAAUUGAUUUAACUGGGCUAUACCCAUUAUGGAAGCACAUACUGGACGUAAGGGUCGAAUGGAUGAUUGUGUGGGUGGGAUCGGAGGAUGGAGUUUGGAAGGGAAUACCUCUCUGUUUGUUUUGUGUUUUGAGAAUUUGUAAAUUUUUCGUUUUUUUAUUAAGGGCAUAUUUAUUGAGUCCUGACUAUCUGUCAUCUGUUCUACGUUGUGUUGUUUAUCUUGAGUUGAGAAUUCCAAUUGUUUGUGUGGUGCGUGUCGUUGCAUUAUGGAUGGGUGGAUGGAUGGAUGGUGGUGGUGUGGCUUUUGUGUGUUGCGUGAUGACGAUGAUGUUGAUGAUGAUCGAAGGGAUACUGAGUUGAUAGUGAACGUGCAUUCGUGGGGAGAGGGGUUAAAUAAUGCAUGAGUGAUGGUAUUUGAGAGGUGGGAUCAGGGAGCGGUAUAUGAGGGAUUCAAAUGUAAUGGGCUGAAAUGGGAUGGGUAUAUAUAUGCAUGGAUACGGAUGGAAAGGGAAAUAGAGAUGUGGAAAUAACUUACAUACUCUAGGGAAAGUGGAACAUUGAAAUAUUAGUAAUAAU